UGCUGAGGCCUUGCGGGUGGAAGGGGGCUGCUUUCCGCCUGCACCCGGUGCUGGAGCUGGCCACGCGGGGCCGUGAGAGACUGGGGGCGCAGGGGGGGGCGCCAUGGGGGGACCCCGGCUGCUUCUCUUGUCUCUGGUGUGGGUGCUGGUCCGGGGGACACGCUCCCACCAUGAUAGACCCAGCCCACUGCAGUGCUAUGGAGUGGGGCCCGUGGGUGACUUGACCUGUUCCUGGGAGACUUGGGGGGUCCUGGAGGCCCCCGCAAACCUGCAUUUGCAGAGUCGGAAGUACCAUUCCAACAGGAACUGGGAGGUGCCCGUGCCCCCCGGGCAGAGCUGGGUGAUCGUCCCACGGGAACAGCUCACGGCAUCCGACCAGCUGCUGAUCUGGGGGGUACAGGGGGGUGACCUGUUGUGGCCUGCCAUCUCUGUGAACCUGGAAACCCGAAUGAAGCCAGAUGCCCCCUCGCUGGCCCCAGAGGUGGACUUCCUGGAGGAGGAGUCCCUGGAGGCCAUCAUCCAGUGGACCCCACCCACAUGGCCCCGCCACAAGGACCUCGUCUGCCAGUUCUAUUACCAGGGAUGCGGUAAGACUGCCUGGACCCUGGUGGAGCCCCCACUGAGCUUCCCACCCCUGGCCCCCCUGGAGAUCCGGGACCUUUGCCUGGCCUCCAGCUACAAGGUGCAGGGCCACUGUCGCCUGGAACAGGAAGAGGACCUAUGGAGUGAGGACAGCGCCACCCUGUCCUUCCAGACCCCGCCCUCGGCUCCCAAGGAUGUGUGGCUGUCCGGCAGAGUCUGUGGCCCCCCAGGCGGACCGGACCCCGUCCUUCUCUGGAAGGCCCCUGGCUCCUACAUGCAGGGCAACUACACCGUCUCAUUCCAGCUGGAAGAUGAUUCUCUGAGCUUGACGGUUACCCCGUGCUGUAGCACCCCCAUUCCCACAGGGACGAAGGUGGCCUCGGUGUCAGCGGCCGAUGCCAGCAGCUGGGAGUCCGUCACCAACCUCUCGUUGGUCUGCUUGGCUCCAGACUCUGCCCCCAGGAACCUGGAAGUCCACAGGGGCCAGCGAGAAGGGUUGCUGCAGGUGGCAUGGCUGCCGGGGACGGGGAAGCCCCAGGAGUACGUGGUGGACUGGGCUCCGGAAAGUGACAGCCUUGGGGACCUCAACUGGGUCCGGCUUCCGCGGGGGACGCUCAGCGCCGGGUUGUCAGGGAAUUUCACAGGCGGAGUUCCCUACAGAGUCACGGUGACCUCCGUCUACCCUGGGGGCUUGGCACCUGCUCCCUCCGUCUGGGCCUUCACAGAGGAGCUGAUGCCUCUGGAGGGACCCAAGCUGCACAGACUCCAGGACGCCCCAUCGGGGUCCCCUGUCAUCACAUGGGACGAGGUCCCCAGGUCGCAGCUCAGAGGCCACCUCACUCACUACACCUUGUGUACACAGAGCAGGGCAGGGUCUCCACUCUGCAGGAACGUGAGUGGCAGCGUCCGGACCAUCAUCCUGUCUGACCUUCCCUGGGGUUCCGGCAAGCUGUGGAUGCGGGCUUCCACUGUGGCUGGGCUGGGGCCACCUGGCCCCAGUCUCCGGUUUCACCUGCCAGAUAACACCCAGAGGUGGAAGGUUCUGCUAGGUGUCCUUGUCCUUUGGUGUGUGAUCCUGCUAGGCUGUGUCCUGUGCUUUGUCACCGCCAGAAGGUGCUCCCACCUGCGCCACAAGGUACUGCCCCGCUGGGUCUGGGAGAGAGCCCCAGAUCCCGCCAACAGCAGUUGGAACCAGUCCCACAUGGAGGAGAUACCCCAGGCCCAGCCCCCCGGGGAUCUGCCCUUUCUGGAAGUGGAGGAGACGGAGCCUCUCUCAGCCACCCAGUCUCCCCAGACCUCCUGUCCACCCCUCAACUCCGGGUACGAGAAACAUUUCUUGCCCACGCCUGAGGAGCUGGGCCUCCUGGGCCCCCCGUCCCAACCCAGGCAGCAGGUUCUGGCUUGAAACCAACCAACCCAGGGUCCAAGAAGGCCCCCAGUUUGAUAGAGGAAGACUCUGAACGAGAGGCUGAGCCACACACCCAAGGACGCCCAGCAGGAAAGAGCUGGUACCCCAGGACUGAAGAGCAGAGCCUGGUCACCCAGGGCGGCGCUGGGGUGGCAGACAAAGCUACCUCCCCAGAUUGGCCCCUCCACGUGACGGACGCCUGGUGGACACAGCCCCAGACUCCCUUGAGGCAAGGAACAGACACAGAUAAUUCUUAAUUCUCCUCAAGAGCAGAAGCAGAAAUUGAGUCUCGGGAGGAGGGGCAUAGAUGUCUCUCCUUCUGCCAUCAGCUGAGAUCCAGGACAAGGGACACAAGAAGGGGGGGAACUCAAGUUCCCAAGUGUAUGGAUUGAGAAGCAAAAAGAAAUAAAAAUUGGUGGUGUGAUAGCUCCCAGGU